AUGCACUGUAGUCUCUGUUUGUCCCUGACUGUGGCUCCAGCGAACCACACGGUGAUGGAGGAGGUGAUGGAGGAGGUGAUGGAGGAGGUGCUGGAGGAGGUGAUGGAGGAGGUGAUGGAGGAGGUGAUAGAGGAGGUGAUGGAGGAGGUGAUGGAGGAGGUGAUGGAGGAGGUGAUGGAGGAGGUGAUGGAGGAGGUGAUGGAGGAGGUGAUGAGGAGGUGA